UUCCUCAAUUGCUAAACUGAAAUACUUGGAAACAAUCAAAUCAAAUAUACCAUAUCUGGCGCCGGGGUUGUUAGCUGCAUGAGUUGCCAUGGACAUAUUGUCCGACAUGGCCAACACCUCCUCAAGCUUGUUGAAUCGUGUUCCAUCACUUGCACCCUUGAUGCAACUAAAUGCCUCCAUGCACUCUCUAUCACUAUGGGUCCCAUUCCAAACCAAUCCAUCUUCGUCCACAACAAUGUCAUUUCUCGUUACUUAUCCCUUGGUGAGUUUCUUCAUGCACGUCGAGUGUUUGAUAUAUUGCCCCAAAGAACGGUAGUUUCUUACAACAUGCUCAUCCAUGCUUAUAGUCGCCGUGGUGAUGUGAGUGAUGCUUGGAGCCUGCUCUGCCACAUGAGGGGUUCUGACUUUUCUCCAACACAAUAUACUUUGAGUGGGUUACUAUCUUGUGAAUUGUUGAGCAUUUGUCAGGGUAUGCAGUUGCAGGCUUUGAGCAUCAAGAGUGGACUUUUUGAUGCUGAUGCUUUUGUGGGUACUGCUUUGUUGGGUUUGUUUGGGAGGCAUGGAUGUUUGGAUGAAGCUUUUAUUGCAUUUGAAGAUAUGGUCCAUAAGAGCCUGGUGACUUGGAAUAUAAUGCUAUUGAUUCUGGCACGUAAUGGAUUUGUGGGAGACUGCCAGAAUUUGUUUCGUGAUCUUGUGAGGACAGGGGUUGCUUUGUCAGAAGGUUCCUUUGUGGCUGUUUUGUCUGGACUUGUUGAUCCUGAGCAGGAUUUGGAAUAUAGUGCAAUGAUUCAUGGUUUGAUGACGAAAUGUGGGUUUGAUGGUGACAUUGCUUUGGUUAAUUGUCUGAUUAACGUGUAUGUGAAAUGCAAAGCCAUGUUCUCGGCACAAAGAUUGUUUCAAGAAGUUCCGGCUGAAAAUGUUGUGUCUUGGAAUACGAUUAUUGACGCAUUGGUGAAAAGUGGGAGACCUCAAGUGGCAUUGGAGAUGUUUGUGAAUAUGUCUAGAAGGGGAUUGGUGCCUAGUCAGGCCACAUUUGUAGCUGUUAUAGACUCGUGUGCUAGUUUGAAGAACUUUGUUUGUGGAGAAUCUAUCCAUGCUAAGGUAAUCAGGAAUGGUUUCGAAUCUGAUGUUGUUGUAGGUACUGCAUUGGUAGACUUUUAUGCUAAAUCUGAUAACAUGAUGUGUUCCCAUAAAUGUUUUAAUCAAAUAGAAGAGAAGAAUAUUGUGUCUUGGAAUGCUUUGAUGGUGGGUUACUCGAAUGAAUGCUCUUCCAUGCCGAUUAUGUUACUACGACAAAUGCUACAAUUAGGUCACUUAGUUAAUGAGUUUUCCUUUUCUGCUUCUCUUAAGUCAUCAUCAGUAUUGAACACGCGUCAGCUCCAUGGUUUGCUUAUAAAAAUGGGGUAUGAAAGUCAUGAAUAUGUAUUAAGCUCCCUUGUUAUGGCUUACAGUAGAAACGGUCUCAUAAUUGAAGCACUUUCUUUUGUCAAGGAAGUCAGUAAUUCACUUCCUCUAGUCCCCUCAAACAUCAUUGCCGGAAUCUAUAACAGGACUUGCCAAUACUAUGAAACGGUAAAGUUCCUUUCUUUGCUCGAAAGCCCUGAUACUGUAUCCUGGAACCUUGUCAUUUCAGCUUGUGCUCGCAGCAAUAAUUAUAAUGAGGUUUUGGAACUUUUCAACCAUAUGCAUGUUGCACAUAUACAACCGGAUAAUUACACAUUUAUGAGUAUAUUAUGCGUGUGCACCAAGCUUUGUCGUCUUGAUCUGGGAAGUUCUCUUCAUGGACUUAUUAUGAAGACUAACCUUUAUAACUGGGACACUUAUAUCUGCAAUGCACUAAUUGACAUGUAUGGAAAGUGUGGAAACAUUGAUAGUUCGGUAAAAGUUUUUGAAGAAAUGACUGACAAAAAUAUUAUUACAUGGACAGCUUUAAUUACUGCCCUCGGGCUGAAUGGUUAUCCACAUGAAGCGCUAAAGAGAUUCAAAAAUAUGGAAUCAUUCAGGUUGAAGCCGGAUGCAUUAGCUCUGAGAGCAGUGCUCUCUGCUUGCAGAUAUGGUGGAUUGGUAAGCGAGGCGAUGGAAAUUUUCAAACAGAUGGGAACUGCUUAUGGGAUUCAGCCAGAACUAGAUCAUUACCAUUGUAUAGUAGACCUCCUGGCUAAACGUGGAGAAAUUGAAGAAGCUGAGAAAAUCAUCACUAGCAUGCCUUUUCCACCAAAUGCGAAUAUUUGGCGUAGCUUCCUUGAAGGCUCCAAGAGGCAAACAGAAAAAUCUAAUUGUAUUUUGGAUGCAAUGCACUGAAGAUGUUCCACAAUGUGGUUUUCCAAGCACUGGUAUAUUUCCUGAUAGACCAAUUAUUAAUGAAUUUCCAUGAGAUUUUAUCCAAAUGCAAGGUAGGGACUUCUUUCAUGGGACAAUUGAAAUGUCCUUGUGUCUGAAAUCUCCAUCAUAGCUAGGUAAAACCUUCUCAUUCAACCAAUUUUCAUGCAUAGAAGUAUUCCUCAUAUCUGACUUUUUAUUGCAGCUUGCAUACCAGGAUAUUAAUUAAUGAGAUCCUUAAGAACCUUUGUUUCAAUGUGAAAUCAACUCAGCCCUCAGAUUAUAAGGGGAAAAAAGUGCUUGUGUUGUUAUAUGUAAAAUUUGAAUACUCCAUAUCUCUUAUGUUAAUGUGCAUUGAGAGAAUCAAGAAAUACACUCAACCAGAGCAUCAUACUCGCUCUUUGUUUCUUGUAUUGUGCAAUCAUCUAGUUUAUGGGGAAGCAGAAUUUUUUGGUAUUGUUACUACUAGUAAAUACAGGUAAAAUAAUGGUCUGAGAUUAAUCUGGUGCUGCAUUCAUCAAUGAUCUCCACGUAAUCUUGUGCCUACACUCUAUUAAUCUCACGGUUAAUAUUUUUAAUUUAGAUAUAUACAUUUUUUUGUAUACAUAGUGCAAAAUAACUUUAUACCAUUCUAUUUGUAUGAAUUUUAGAGUGGUUGAUGAUGUGAAUGAAAUAU